AUGGCUGUAUCUAAAUCAACAAAUACUUACAAUCGUCAGAAUUGGGAAGAUUCGGAUUUCCCAAUUUUGUGCCAAACAUGUCUUGGAGAUAACCCCUACAUUCGAAUGACCAAGGAGAAAUAUGGCAAGGAAUGUAAAAUAUGUGCAAGACCCUUCACUGUAUUUCGUUGGUGUCCAGGCGCACGGAUGCGCUUUAAAAAGACAGAGAUCUGCCAGACAUGUUCAAAGCUGAAGAAUGUGUGUCAAACUUGCCUCUUAGAUCUUGAAUAUGGUUUACCUAUACAAGUAAGGGACGCCGCACUUAAAAUACAAGAUGACCUACCACGCAAUGAAGUAAAUAAAGAAUAUUAUAUUCAAAACUUGGAUAGUCAGAUGUCUAAGUUUGACUCAACGCAACCUAGCAAUUCUGCUUUAAAAUCUAAAGGAGCAUCAGAUUUGCUGCUGAGAUUAGCAAGAACUGCACCAUACUACAAGAGAAAUAGACCUCAUGUUUGUUCAUUCUGGGUGAAAGGGGAAUGUAGACGGGGUGAGGAAUGUCCAUAUCGCCAUGAGAAACCAACAGACCCUGAUGAUCCAUUGGCUGAUCAAAAUAUUAAAGACAGAUACUAUGGGGUGAACGACCCAGUGGCUGAGAAGCUGAUGAGACGUGCUGCUGCUAUGCCUGCUUUACCUCCACCUGAGGAUAAAACUGUUACUACCCUGUAUGUGGGCAAUCUACCAGAAAAUAUCACUGAAGAUGAACUUAGAGGACACUUCUACCAGUAUGGUGAAAUAAGGUCUCUAACUUUAGUACCUAGGGCACAAUGUGCAUUUGUGCAAUAUACCACCAGAAGUGCUGCAGAGCAUGCUGCUGAGAAGACAUUUAAUAGGCUUGUUAUUAGUGGGAAGCGACUUACCAUUAAGUGGGGUAAAUCCCAAGGUCGCCAAGGUCCUAAUGACAAGAAUGAAGUGAUGCCCGCACUGGAACCUGUACCCGGGCUGCCUGGAACGUUACCACCGCCACCUGCUUACUUACAUCCAUUCCCACCUCAGAUGCCACCGCCACCGAAUCGUCCUAACGACUUCUUCAACCUCCACCACUACGGGGGCCCGGGCUGGGCGCCGUGGGGUGGCGUGGGCCCGGGCGUGGGCCCCGGCGCGCCGCCCCCGCCCGCCCCGCUGGCGCUGCACUACCCCAGCCAGGACCCCGCCCGCCUCGGAGCACACGCACACGCCAACGCGCCGCAGCCCUAG